GAGCAGCAUCAAAGCCAACAUUCAUAUCUCAACAGACCACAGACUCUCUCCAGGCAUAAAGAUGAAGAUGCCACAGCUCCUCAUCCUUCUCUUGACCAUUUUGAUGCAGGUAGUAGUCGGUUUCCCCACUGACAGAAGAGCUCUGCCAGGCCGAGACAAGCUCGCUUCCUGGGACGACGUGAACGUGGUGGCUCAUGGCCUCCUGCAGCUGGGCCAGGGUCUGAAGGAGCACGUGGACAAGACCAAAGCCCAGAUGAGAGACGUCAAUGCCAAACUCAGUGCCUUCAACAGCACGAUGGCUGAGCUGGAGAGGAAGCAGCAGGAGCAAGAUAAAGCUCUAAACGCCAGAGAAGCAGAGGUGGAGGAGAGGGAGAAGAUAGCUGCAGAGCUGGCUGAAGAGGUGAGGGUGAAGGUGGAAGAGGUGAAGAAAGAGAGCGAGGACAUCAGCUCCAGGAUGGACAGACUGGAGGAGAAGGUGGAAGACGUGCUGACAGGGCCGAAACUGGACAGCAACAGCAGUGAUCACUCAGGAGUCCCAUUUAUCCAGAGGCUGGUCGCAGCUCAGAACAGACGAAUUGACGAGCUGGUGGAGAAAAUCAAGCAGCAACAAGGCAAACUGGAGAAGCAGAGUCUGCACCUGCAAGCACUGCAGAGCAAGGUCGCACAUAAAAGAGUAAAAUCACACAGACGGAGGGAUGAAGAGACGGUGCUGAGAGGAGAGGCAGAUCAGAGCAAAGACACAUCAGGUUCGGCCAGAGACUGUCACGAUCUGUUUGUACAAGGGCAGCGAGCCAGCGGCAUCUACACGAUCCAACCAGAGAACUCCCAGCCCUUCAAUGUCCUCUGUGAAAUGACCUCAGAAGGUGGAUGGACCGUCAUCCAGAAACGUCAAGAUGGAUCCCAGAACUUCAACCAGCUGUGGGAGAGCUAUAAGAAAGGCUUCGGCAACCUGAAUGGUGAGUUUUGGCUGGGCUUGGAGAAAAUCCACUCCCUCUCCAAACAAGGCCAGUUUGUCCUGCAGGUGGAGCUCUCUGAUCAGGCGGGAGAGCAGCCCACGGCUCAUUAUCAAUUCCAGCUUGACGGUGAGGAGAAGAAGUUCGCACUCCACCUGGAGCAGGAGACAUCAUCUGGGGCUCAGGAGGCCAUCAUGACCACAGGAGCCUCUGGUCUUCCCUUCUCCACGGCCGACAGAGACAAUGACCUUGCUGCAGAUCUCAACUGUGCCGAGCUGCUCUCAGGUGGCUGGUGGUUCAGCAGUUGCGGUGAGUCAAACCUCAACGGCAAAUAUCCCAGAAGGCCGAGCCAGUUCAGGAGACACCAGUCCAGAAGACAAGCAAUGUUUUCGACGUCCACAAAGGGACCAAACAACUCUCUGAAGACAACUCUCCUGAAGAUCGCACCCGCCACAAUAAAGCAAUGAGCUGCUCGGCCUGUCUCAGAGAAAACAAAGUGUUUUCAGUUAAAUGUUGAAUUACUAAAGAACUGAAAUCAUCACACUCAGGCACAGUAAUGAUCUCUCCUGAUGCUCUGAUAUUUCUAUGCUAUGCCAUAGGAUAACUAAUGUCUCUGUGGACAUGCUCAGUCAUAUUGACAGUCCUAACAUUUUCCCCUUUAUAAGGGUUUUAUGUCUUAAUCUUAUUUUGUAAUACUGGCUGUAUUUGUUUUAAUUACUUUGUACUUAAAUAGUGUUCAGUUUCUUACUGUCAACAUUUAUACACUUUUACGUUUCACUUGUAUGAAGUGGAUGAAAAUAAAGUUUUUGAAGGUUG